AUGGGUUCCGUCGCUAAGCAGUCUGGUACUUUCCUCUUCACAUCCGAGUCUGUCGGCGAGGGUCACCCUGAUAAGAUUGCUGAUCAGGUUUCCGAUGCCAUUCUCGAUGCCUGCCUUCGUGAGGACCCCCUCUCCAAGGUUGCUUGCGAGACUGCCACCAAGACUGGUAUGAUCAUGGUCUUCGGUGAGAUUACCACCAAGGCUCGCCUGGAUUACCAGAAGGUUAUCCGUGAUGCUAUCAAGGACAUCGGUUAUGAUGCCUCCGAGAAGGGCUUUGACUACAAGACCUGUAACGUCUUGGUUGCCAUUGAGCAGCAGUCGCCCGAUAUCGCUCAAGGUCUGCACUACGAUGAGGCCCUUGAGAAGCUUGGUGCUGGUGACCAGGGUAUCAUGUUCGGCUAUGCCACCGAUGAGACCCCUGAGCUCCUCCCUCUCACCGUAAUCCUUUCUCACAAGCUCAACGCUGCCAUGAAGGCUGCUCGUCUGGACGGCACCAUCCCCUGGUUGCUCCCCGAUACCAAGACCCAGGUUACCAUUGAGUACGCCCACGACAACGGUGCUGUCAAGCCCCUGCGUGUCGACACCGUCGUCAUCUCUGCCCAGCACUCUGAUGAUGUCUCCACUGAGGAGCUCCGCACUGUCCUCAAGGAGAAGAUUGUGCGUGGUGUCAUCCCCGCUAACCUCCUCGAUGACCGCACUGUUUACCACAUGCAGCCCUCCGGCCGCUUCGUUAUCGGUGGUCCCCAGGGUGAUGCUGGUCUGACUGGUCGUAAGAUUAUCGUCGAUACCUACGGUGGUUGGGGUGCCCACGGUGGUGGUGCUUUCUCCGGAAAGGACUACUCCAAGGUCGACCGUUCCGCUGCCUACGUUGCCCGCUGGGUCGCCAAGUCUCUGGUUAACGCCAAGCUGGCCCGCCGUGCCCUCGUCCAGCUGUCCUACGCCAUUGGUGUUGCUGAGCCCCUUUCCAUCUUCGUUGAGACCUACGGUACCUCCGAGAAGACCUCCGAUGAGCUCGUUGAGAUCAUUCGUAACAACUUUGAUCUCCGCCCUGGUGUCAUUGUCAAGGAUCUUGACCUUGCUCGCCCCAUCUACUUCCAGACUGCCAAGAACGGUCACUUCACCAAUCAGGAGUUCAGCUGGGAGAAGCCCAAGACCCUCAAGCUCUAA